GUAAGAAGAAGACACUGUUGUGUUGUUAGCAGUUCUCGCGACUCGCGAGGAAAACAAUAUUUCGAAAUAAUGAAAUAAUAAAAAUAUAUUUCACUUCAAGUAUGGCACCAAACGCGAAGAAGUAUUUAAUGUGACGCUAGCAGUUACUUCAUUUAAUAAAAACGGAUGACAAGAGUGCAUAAAAAGUAAAAGCAAAGGUAUGUGUGAUAAAGAUUUCUUACCACCCGCCACCCACUUGUACUUGUAAUGUUAUCAGUGCCCGAGGCGCGCUAAAACGCCUACAACAAGAACAAGAACAACAACAGUGAAUAGCAUUAUUCUCAAGGACAGUUAAUUCGAGCUGGAAACGAGGUGGAGCAUAGCAGCAGCAGCAGCAACGUUAACGGUAACGUUCGACGGAAGCGACAUACGUGCGCACAAUACUAAAAAGCAAUUAAUGGGGGCCAUGAACCAACAAACACAGCAACAAAAGCAACAACAGCAACAAUUUACAAAAAAUAGAGCUAAAGUGCAAUUCCAUCAAACAUUUAAACUUUAAUCUGAGCAACUGAGCAAUAUACCUAGUCAUAAUUAUAAAUUAUUUCUAUGGAAGCGACCGCAAAAUCCAAGUUUAGCGAUGUCGACGAGUACGGCUUCAAGAGGGGCGAGAAGUUCGACUACGAUAACUAUGAAAGGAUUAUGCAGAGUUACUUUACUGUAUUGACAAGACGACGCAUGAAAUGGGAGGCUAUUGUGCAACAGAACCCUGAUCUCAUCCUAAAUCCGAAAUUGAAACGAUAUAUACGCAAGGGAAUACCAAAACCAUAUCGCGCCGAUGUAUGGAUGAAAAUAACUGGCGCCGAUGAGGCGAAAAGAAAAAAUCCUAAUCUUUAUCAUAGUUUAUUAAACAUCGAUCAUUUUAAUAAGGAAAUCAGCGAUUCCAUAUCAAUCGAUCUACCUCGUACGUUUCCCGACAAUAUUCACUUUGAUUCCAAAAAGGAUCGACUCUUCAACAUACUAUGCGCUUAUGCACAUCACAAUCGGGAUGUUGGAUACUGUCAGGGCCUCAACUAUAUAGCCGGACUACUGCUCAUUGUCACCGACAAUGAGGAGAAAUCCUUUUGGCUGCUCAAGCAUAUCGUGGAGAACAUUGUGCCACAAUAUCACUCACAUAACAUGGCCAACCUGUUGCGGGAUUUGGCCGUGUUCCGAGAGCUGGUCAUAAGGCGUGUGCCGGCUGUCAAUCGGCAUGUGGAGAACUUGGGUUUGCCGUAUGCGGUGAUCGCCAGCAAAUGGUUCAUUUGCAUUUUUGCCGAGGUUCUUCCAGUUGAAACAGUGCUCCGCAUAUGGGAUUGUGUGUUCGCCGAGGGCUAUAAGAUUGUAUUUCGUGCAGCCUUAGCUAUGUUUAUGACACACAAAAACGCAAUAUUGGAAUGCGAGGAUAUUGCCGCACUGGCCAAUCUGUUCCGAGAUACUAUGAUACAGGAUAGCAUAGUCACAGACUGCCAUAGCUUUAUAGAGGCCAUGUUCUCGCUACGUUUGAAACGUGGCGAAUUGGAGAGCCUGCGAAAAGUCGCCGUGCUGAAUGGGAACUAAGCAACCAAAAUCAAAGACAAACACAGAACAAAUAUGAUAAAAGACCCACGAAACUAGAACAAAAUAUGAAAAGAAGCAAUCGUAAAAUUCAAUUAUUAGAGAAGUAGCUUAAAUGUGUCCAAUAUAUACAAUUGUAAUACUUGUAUAUGUAUUAUAUCAUUUUAUGUGUGUAUUUGUGUAUAGCCUCAUUGUAGCCAAUGCAUUUUGAGUAUUAAACCAAGCAAAAACAAAACAAAUUUAUAUAUAUAUGAUACCAAAGUCAAAUUCCAAUUCGAGAAAAAAAUUUAACAACACACAAUUGUGUAUCCAUUAGCAGUAGUUGUAGUUGUUGCCAAAACAAUAUAUUAUAAUGCAUAUGGAUUUAUAUAGAUGACAUCUUCCGCCUACACGCCUACACAUAUAAUAUAAGUACGUUAAUUAUGUACUUAUGUCUGCAAAUGUAUAUCAUUCAUACGUUAAUUGUGUUCUUAAUUUUUUUUGUUAAUCAAUGAAGUAUUUAUUUUUUAAGAAUGCCUCUGAGUGUUAAACUAAUUUCUAGAUUUAUACGUAUAUAUUGUAUAUCUAUGUAUUUUAUAAAUGGCUUUUAAAUUGUUAUAUAGUUGCAAAAUGCCUAACUGUUGGUUAAAGGCUAUUUACAAACAGAAGAACAAAAUAACUAACAAAUGAACGAAAAGUGAAGUCACUAUAACUAUAUUUACUGUAUAUUGUUUACUGUUUAUGGUUUGUCAAUAAACAGACACGCUUUGUCGGGCGUAGAAAUACUCACUGUCGACACAAAUAUAUACAUAUAUUAAUAUAUAUAUUAAUAUCCUGAAAUAUAAUUUGAGGAAUUGAUUUGUUAAUACAUACAUAUCUCAUGUAUGUAACUGUGUAACUAAUGAACCAACAAACAAACAAAGAAACACAACACAAACACACGAACUAUUAAUGCUAAAAUAUGGCGUCGUUUGCUUUGUGCAACAAAAUGCUUUUUAAAUAAAUAUUACUGCUAUUUGUUAGGAACUUGAAA